AUGGCCGCCAUGAUAAUGGACACUCAUUUGGUGGUCAAGAUGGACUUGACCUUCAGUGGCUGGACAACACAGAGACAACGCUCGAAUGUGAUGCUAAGAAUCAUAGAUGGCCAAGUGAGUAGGAUAAGAAUCAAAGAUGGCCAACUGAGUAGGCUGAGAAUCAAAGAUGGCCAACUGAGUAGGCUGAGAAUCAAAGAUGGCCAACUGAGUAGGCUAAGAACAGAAGAGGGCCAACUGAGUAGGCUGAGAAUCAAAGAUGGCCAAUUGAGUAGGCUAAGAAUCAAAGAUCGCCAACUGAGUAGGCUAAGAAUCAAAGAUGGCCAAAUGAGUAGGCUGAGAACUGAAGAGGGCCAACUGAGUAGGCUAAGAAUCAAAGAUGGCCAAAUGAGUAGGCUGAGAACUGAAGAGGGCCAACUGAGUAGGCUGAGAAUCAAAGAUAGCCAACUGAGUAGGCUGAGAACUGAAGAGGGCCAACUGAGUAGGCUGAGAAUCAAAGAUGGCCAACUGAGUAGGCUAAGAAUCAAAGAUGGCCAACUGCGUAGGCUGAGAAUUGAAGAUGGCCAACUGAGUAGGCUGAGAACUGAAGAGGGCCAACUGAGUAGGCUAAGAAUCAAAGAUGGCCAAAUGAGUAGGCUGAGAACUGAAGAGGGCCAACUGAGUAGGCUGAGAAUCAAAGAUAGCCAACUGAGUAGGCUGAGAACUGAAGAGGGCCAACUGAGUAGGCUGAGAAUCAAAGAUGGCCAACUGAGUAGGCUAAGAAUCAAAGAUGGCCAACUGAGUAGGCUGAGAACUGAAGAUGGCCAACUGAGUAGGCUGAGAACUGAAGAGGGCCAACUGAGUAGGCUGAGCAUCAAAGAUGGCCAACUGAGUAGGCUGAGAAUCAAAGAUGGCCAAAUGAGUAGGCUGAGAAUCAAAAAUGGCCAAUGGAGUAGGCUGAGUAGCAAAGACAGCCAACUGAGUCUAGGCUGA